AUGGAGUCUCUCCUGCUGCCGGUGUUGCUGCUGCUGGCCGUUUUGUGGACGCAGGCGGCCGCUCUCAUUAACCUCAAAUACUCGGUAGAAGAGGAGCAGCGCGCCGGGACGGUGAUAGCCAACGUGGCCAAGGACGCACGGGAGGCGGGCUUCGCGUUGGACCCCCGGCAGGCCUCGGCCUUCCGCGUGGUGUCCAACUCGGCUCCUCACCUGGUGGACAUCAACCCCAGUUCCGGCCUGCUGGUCACUAAGCAGAAGAUCGACCGAGACCUCCUGUGUCGCCAGAGUCCCAAGUGCAUCAUCUCGCUAGAGGUCAUGUCCAGUUCAAUGGAGAUCUGCGUGAUUAAGGUGGAGAUCAAGGACUUGAACGACAACGCGCCCAGUUUCCCGGCGGCACAGAUCGAGUUGGAGAUCUCGGAGGCGGCCAGCCCGGGCACGCGCAUCCCGCUGGACAGCGCCUAUGAUCCGGACUCGGGCAGUUUUGGCGUGCAGACUUAUGAGCUCACGCCCAAUGAGCUGUUCGGCCUGGAGAUCAAGACGCGUGGCGACGGUUCACGCUUUGCCGAACUAGUGGUGGAGAAGAGCCUGGACCGUGAGACACAGUCGCACUACAGCUUUCGCAUCACUGCACUCGACGGCGGCGACCCGCCGCACCUGGGCACUGUUGGCCUCAGCAUCAAGGUGACCGACUCCAAUGACAACAACCCGGUGUUUGGCGAGUCCACCUACGCGGUGAGUGUGCCAGAGAACUCGCCUCCAAACACACCUGUCAUCCGCCUCAAUGCCAGCGACCCAGACGAGGGCACCAACGGCCAGGUGGUGUACUCCUUCUACGGCUACGUGAAUGACCGUACACGGGAGCUUUUCCAGAUUGACCCACAUAGCGGCCUGGUCACUGUCACAGGUGCCCUAGACUACGAAGAGGGCCACGUGUAUGAACUGGACGUGCAAGCCAAGGACCUGGGACCCAACUCCAUCCCGGCACACUGCAAAGUCACCGUCAGCGUUCUGGACACGAACGACAACCCGCCGGUCAUCAACCUGCUGUCGGUCAACAGCGAGCUUGUGGAGGUGAGCGAGAGCGCCCCCCCGGGCUACGUGAUUGCACUAGUGCGGGUGUCUGAUCGCGACUCCGGCCUCAAUGGACGCGUACAGUGCCGUUUGCUGGGCAACGUGCCCUUUCGGCUGCAGGAGUACGAGAGUUUCUCCACUAUCCUGGUGGACGGACGGCUGGAUCGCGAGCAACACGAUCAGUACAACCUCACGAUUCAGGCCCGCGACGGCGGCGUGCCCAUGCUGCAGAGUGCCAAGUCCUUUACGGUGCGUAUCACUGACGAGAACGACAACCACCCCCACUUCUCCAAGCCUUACUACCAAGUCAUCGUGCAGGAGAACAACACGCCCGGCGCUUAUCUGCUCUCCGUGUCUGCCCGCGACCCCGACCUGGGUCUCAACGGCAGUGUCUCCUACCAGAUUGUGCCGUCGCAGGUGCGGGACAUGCCUGUCUUCACCUACGUCUCCAUUAACCCCAACUCGGGUGAUAUCUACGCACUGCGAUCCUUCAACCACGAGCAGACCAAGGCGUUCGAGUUCAAGGUGCUAGCCAAAGACGGCGGCCUGCCCUCGCUGCAGAGUAAUGCCACAGUGCGAGUCAUCAUCCUCGACGUUAAUGAUAAUACCCCAGUCAUCACGGCCCCGCCCCUGAUCAAUGGCACUGCCGAGGUCUACAUCCCCCGAAACUCUGGCAUAGGCUACCUGGUGACCGUUGUCAAGGCAGACGACUACGACGAGGGCGAAAACGGCCGAGUCACCUAUGACAUGACCGAGGGUGACCGCGGCUUCUUUGAAAUAGACCAAAUCAAUGGCGAAGUCAGAACCACCCGCACCUUCAGCGAGAGCUCCAAGGCUUCCUAUGAGCUUAUUGUGGUGGCCCACGACCAUGGCAAGACAUCUCUCUCUGCCUCUGCACUGGUCCUUAUCUACCUGUCACCUGCUCUCGAUGCCCAAGAAUCAAUGGGCUCGGUGAACCUGUCGCUGAUUUUCAUUAUAGCCCUGGGCUCCAUUGCCGGCAUCCUCUUUGUCACUAUGAUCUUCGUGGCAAUCAAGUGCAAGCGAGACAACAAAGAGAUCCGGACCUACAACUGCAGUAAUUGUUUAACCAUCACUUGUCUCCUCGGCUGUUUUAUAAAAGGACAAAACAGCAAGUGUCUGCAUUGCAUCUCAGUUUCUCCCAUUAGCGAGGAGCAAGACAAAAAGGCAGAGGAGAAAGUGAGCCUAAGGGGAAAGAGAAUCGCUGAGUACUCCUAUGGGCAUCAAAAGAAAUCAAGCAAGAAGAAAAAAAUCAGUAAGAAUGACAUCCGCCUGGUACCCCGGGAUGUGGAGGAGACAGACAAGAUGAACGUUGUCAGUUGCUCCUCCCUGACCUCCUCCCUCAACUAUUUCGACUACCACCAGCAGACGCUGCCCCUGGGCUGCCGCCGCUCUGAGAGCACUUUCCUGAACGUGGAGAACCAGAAUACCCGCAAUACCAGCGCUAACCACAUCUACCAUCACUCUUUCAACAGCCAGGGCCCCCAGCAGCCAGACCUGAUCAUCAAUGGCGUGCCUCUGCCCGAGACUGAAAACUAUUCUUUUGACUCCAACUACGUGAACAGCCGAGCCCAUUUAAUCAAAAGCAGCUCCACCUUCAAGGACUUAGAGGGCAACAGCCUGAAGGAUAGUGGACAUGAAGAGAGUGACCAGACUGACAGCGAACAUGAUGUCCAGCGGAGCCUGUAUUGUGAUACUGCUGUCAAUGAUGUGCUAAACACCAGUGUGACCUCCAUGGGAUCUCAGAUGCCUGACCAUGAUCAGAAUGAAGGAUUUCAUUGCAGGGAAGAAUGCCGGAUUCUUGGCCACUCUGACAGGUGCUGGAUGCCUCGGAACCCCAUGCCAACCCGCUCCAAGUCCCCUGAGCACGUGAGGAACAUCAUCGCACUGUCCAUUGAGGCUACUGCUGCCGACGUUGAGGCUUACGACGACUGCGGCCCCACCAAGCGGACUUUUGCAACCUUUGGGAAAGAUGUCAGCGACCACCCGACAGAGGAGAGGCCCACCCUGAAAGGCAAGAGGACUGUGGAUGUGACCAUCUGCAGCCCCAAGGUCAACGGCGCUAUCCGGGAGGCCGGCAAUGGCUGUGAGGCUAUUAGCCCCAUCACCUCCCCUCUCCACCUCAAGAGCCCUCUGCCUACCAAGCCUUCUGUGUCUUACACCGUUGCCCUGGCUCCCCCAGCCCGUGAUCUGGAGCAGUAUGUCAACAGUGUCAACAAUGGCCCUUCUCGCCCCUCUGAAGCUGAGCCCCGUGGAGCUGACAGCGAGAAAGUCAUGCAUGAGGUCAACCCCAUUCUGAAGGAGGGUCGUGACAAAGAGUCCCCUGGCGUGAAGCGUCUGAAGGAUAUCGUUCUCUAAAUCAGUCUUGGGGAAGAAGAGAAAGAAACCACGCUGGCUAGCGAAGAAGCAGGAGCUGCUCGUUUUAAUUUGCUCAGCAAUGGUUGGUUCUUGAGUGGCUGUAUUUCAGAGCUUUGCCUAAAUGAGUUGUUAAUAAAUGACUAUCAUUCUGUGACAAUCCCUCUCGUUUCAACAGGCAGCAGGGGUGUUCAGUUGGAGCAAAUUAGCUUUGGUUUGAGUUGUUCAUGGGGCCUUGAUGUUGGGGAAACAGAGACAAAUUCAAUUGUGAAAAGUAUUAUGUAUUAAGUGUUUGAAUUUAUAUAUUUUUCUAUGUCAAAAUUAUAAUAUAAAUUACCAUUGUUUGUGGAGGAUUACAUUAAAAAAAGCAAAAGUCAAAAAAAAAAAAAAGCUCUGGACACCUUUAGUAAGCUCGCCACUGUUUUUCGUAGUGUAGACAAGUUAAUGGUCAUCUAUUGUGUACUAUUCAUUGACUCAGUGAUGUGAAAUUGAGCCCCUAAAAGGUUGUCUCUGAAGCUCCAGUACUUUCCAAUGCCGCUACUUUGCUGUGGACACCCCUGCUUUAAGAACCCUUUUGCUAGCUGUGCUAUUGUUGUAUUUGAUAUUGCAAAUUGCUAUGUGUGUGGUGAUGGCAAAAGGCUUUUAAAGAUUGGUGUUUUUUUUCUUAAAAAAAUAAUAAAACUACAGACAAAAACUAAGUGCAAACAGCUGAGACAGCAAAUGAAUGAGCAACACCACACAUAUAGAUUGAGUACUUGGAGAAUACUCACGUUUUUUAACCCAUGGAGUGAUUGCUCACCACCUUGCAAAGUAUUUUUCCUGCCUUUCAGUCUUCUGCCUAGGCCCAUGGUAGAUCAUUGCAGAAGGUCGUUUUGGAUAUGCUGCUAUCUAAUUUGCAGCUGUCAGAAAUACUGUGGUGAAACUUUUAAGAGAUCCAUUUUUGUAAUUUUCAGGCCCUGAACAGGAAAGUUGUUCCUGAAGUUAUCGGUUUCCAGGCUUAGAAAUCCCCUGUCUUCAGUCAUUUAAAACUCAAAAUGACUGGCUCUAUUUUGAGAUCUAAAUUAGCAUCUCUUCAGACACGUACUUCCUGAUUCAGUGUUUCCCAAUCAUGAUUGGAAUUCUACUGUAAAGCAAGUCAUGGGCUGGAAUUGAGAACUCCAUGUUGCUCUGUAUCUUAGUCUUAUAAAUAACCAACGAGUAAGCAGUACAAAAUGUACAUUUAGGAAAAGACAGGUAACACGUAACAAGCAACAGCAUCACAAAUUCAAUUCCCGUGCCUUCUAAAUGGAGACACUCAGACACUUGAACUCGUCUUUUUUAUGACUAGUACUUUUUUUGAUUAAAAAUGUGAACAGGAAACUCUUAAAAUAAAAACCCUUUACAUUUAGCUAACUCUUUUUUCUGUAGACUAGGACUAUAACUUUUUUUUUAUUAUUAUU